UGCAUUGUAUGCAGAAACUUAGAUACCGAUGAUGUUUUCAAACAUUACAGCUUACUCAAGACAAACGGUGAAUCUUAUUCUUGCUUCAUUGUCACAUUACCGCUCUUAGUGAACUCGGAAAUAUCAAGAAAAAUCUGCAAAAUGGCUGCUUAUCCAGGAGAAGGGAGUCAAAUGUCAAAUUAUGGCUUAAAAGUACCAACACCAGAGGAGCUAAAACUGCUCUGGGAAGAAAUAGUCGGGCGAGAACGUAGGAUCCGUGCAAACCAUCUAGCCACCAAAGGGGCGGGGUCGCGCGAGCAUUGGCCGGGGGUCCAACAUCAGCAACCCACUGAAGAACAGAUGAAAACGAAGUACACUUACUUCAACAACAACAAAGAGUUUGGCCCCUACUCCACGUAUGACCGGUUGUUCCACGUGAAGGAAGGCUACGAGAGCAAAUUGCACAGAGAUGAUCGUGAGCAUACUAUCGGACUCAAUGUUCACGAAGAGGAGUCGCAGAAAGCAAUCCCUGUUUUGACAUCCUCGGCCUAUGGCCACCGCUCGGCGCUAGAGGGACCAUGUCGGGAACAUGUCCGCAUUGAGAGGGUCAUGAAGGGAUUCUACAGGACUAGGGGUACAAACCUUCCCGAAUACGGCUCAGAAAAUUAAUUAAAAAAACACAUUUGCACCUGUCGUAAUUGGCCAUCAUUAUAAAGCGCACUAUGGGACUUCAUUUUUGAGUAAUAGAUAAAUUUGUAGUUGGUUGUUAGAAAAAGCUCGGGCAUUUUAAAAUUUUACAUCAAGUUUGAAGUAUACUCCAUACAGUACAGGUACCUUUUGAAAAGUCAUUGAAAAAAGCAAGUGUUGCGUAAAGUGAAAGAAGUUCAAACCUAAAGUGCAAUGAUUUGAUAAUAAAGUGCAUUUGUGAUUAAUGUAUUGUAAUUUUAUACAUGUACUUGGAUUUUAUCAGCUCAUGCAACACCAGGAGUGUUCUUGGUCAUGUUAAUGUGGAAUGGUAUUUUGUCAACCAGGCUUGUCAAAAAAUACACAAGAACUGUACUCUGCACAGUAACAUAUUUAUAGGGAUAAAAUAAUAAAAACUACAUAAAAAAGACUCGUUUCAAAUUCUCAAGUAAUUAUGAUCACAUCUUGUUUCUAAAUCAUUUUUUAUUUCCAAUAAAAGCUUCAAGUUCAUUUCUCCGAUUUGACAUUUGAAAAUGUUUCUCGCCAUAAAAAAACUUGAUUGCACUUUGUACAAAGUCGUUAUUUGUAGAUUACAAAAAUUACAAAAAUUACAAACUAUACAAAUACAUUUAAAAGCAAAGUAAUAAUCGUGUCUCAAAUGUGUGCGAUAUUAAUUGGUCUCAAAGCACUUUAGUUAUUACCCCCGUUCAUCAAGCCAUGAGACCACUUUUCUGCAGCAGAGAUCCACGCAAUCUGGUCUCUACCCUCACAGGUACCCCUGGUACCCAUUUGUACUCCAGGAUGGAAAGAGGUAAUUGGAGUAAAGUGUCUUGCCCAAGAACAAAAGCAUGUUCCCUGUCGGGGUUUGAACCCAUGUACCAUGAAACGUGGGUCAAACACCAUAACCACUGGACGGCAACAGGUUUUCUUAUUGGAAAUGUGAAGAAUUACAAGUCUUUUUAAUAAAAUUAUAAUGUGGGGGUACAUAUGUGCAUGAAGUAAACGUCUAUUGGUGAAUCAAGGUAAAGAUCACGAUAAAUGUGCAAGAGAAAUAUUGUUUUUCAUUUAGUUUUGUUUAUUUAUCCAAUUAGUACAUGAACCAACUUGCGUAUUAAUAUUUAUUACUGUGUUGAAGUAUAUGUGUUUAUUUUCUGUCGUACUUUGUUCAACUACUUCAAAUUAAAUCAUCAAUCCUGAAAUUUGAGAAGAACUGAAAUUUAAAAGGGAAAAAUGUCUACAGUUAUUGGGUCCCCUAUGUUAUUAUUAGAAGCUUAAUGAUGUGAAUACUGGCCCAUAUCAUUUUGAAUACAUCAGCAGCAUAUAAACUGCUGAAAAAAUAAUUGGCAUUACUCCAUUCCAUGCUUGCUUAUAUUUAUCAAUAAAAACAUUCCAUAAGGGCUCAAAUUGUA